AUGCUUCCAACGCUGAGAUCUCGAGCUGCGUGGCAGAUUUCCAGAAGGGCUCAGGUGUCUGCGAGACGAACUUUUGCCGUCUCUGCAAACAACAGACAAGAGGAUCCCAACUCACUUCGUGAUGUCAAGCCUGUUUCCAAAAGCAAUGUGCUCCCAGUUGAGUCCGGCCAGACUAGCAGCGCUCUCCAGGAGGAUGUGGAUGUCGGCGAGCGUGCAAGAGUGAUGCAGGCGCCAAAUAGAGCCACAACCUGGGCGCGAAGCCAGGAACCAAGAGCGAAGGCUAUGUCAGGGCCGCGAUUUGAACAAACGAUUAUGGAAGCCCAGCCAGCGCCUAUGGCUGCCAUCAGCUUAAUCCACCAACAACCCGUUCGCUGGACACAUGAGAGUGUGGUGUCGUGUGAUGGAGGUGGCGGGCCAUUGGGCCACCCGAGGAUCUUUAUCAAUACCGACAAACCUGAGAUUACCCCGUGUGGUUACUGCGGUUUGCCUUUUGCGAACGAGCAUAACAGAGCGCAUCUUGAGUCUCUAGAGACCACCCCAUAUCCCUUAGAGCCACUAGGCAGACCCGCUGAAGUUCAGGAGAACCAACGGAUCACCGAUGAGGGGCUUGGGCAGAGAUAA